CCUGUGGUGGUGGUGCUGGUGUUGGUGCUGGUGGAACUGCCCAAAUCGACUAGACGCAUACUCCCUCCCUUGCCUCCACGAGACAUUCCCAAAGGCAACCCCAAGACCAGGCUCCUUGGACGCACUGCUCUGCCCUGAUCUCCCCCCAGCCUACAGCCCGAGGGCCAUCUGCCAUUUCUCCAUGUCGGCGCAGCCCCAGCGAUCCUUCCAUCGGGCCCUCUCACAUUCCAGAAAGCAGCCUCCUCGUCGGCCAUCGUCCGGCUCUCCCCGGCCAAACCAUUUCGUCUCCAUCCGCCUGAAUGCAGGGCCCUGCCAGGAGCACUUUGCAGCAUUCUACCAGCAUGUGACGACCGAGUUUCCCGAGCUGCAAGCAUACAUUAUCCCGCCGAGCGAGAUGCAUCUGACGCUGGCCUUGCUCCAUCUCAAUGAGCACAAUACCAGCAGUGCCAUCGCGGCGUUCGCCGAGGCCAGCCAUGUUGUCAGGCGCCAUUUUUCCGACUAUCUACUGGACCUGGAGUUUGGUGGAAUCGACACCUUCCGGUCCAACUGGUCGACAGGACAGAAAACAAGAGUCGUCUACACCUAUCCAAAGCCCGGGCCGUCGCUGUCGAAGCUGGCGAGUUUUGUUGAUGAUCUGUCGCUGCACCUCGCCUCGAAGCAGUCAAGGGACUCGCCGUUUCUAUGGAUCGAUUCCAGCCCCGAUCGAGCACGAUUCACCCCACAUUGCACCCUCAUGAAGCUGAAGCGGACCGGCAACAGCGGCCCCAUCCCCGACCACAUCCCGGAUGCCGCAUACUCUCGCUUCCAGGAUUUCGAAUUUGGAUCGGCCCGAAUCGCUUCGAUCGAGUUGUCCAUCAUGAUGGGCCCCAAGGAAUCCGAUGGGUACUAUCGCUCACUGGCAUCCAUCCCGCUGCCCAGCUGAUCUGCUGGCGACGGGUCCACAUCCGCAUCUGCCUCGCAGGAACAUUGCUUCCAUGACAUGCGACCAACCUCCGUGUGCGGUGGCCGCCUGGAGCACUGUGGAUGAGUGU